CGCCGUCUAGUCGAUCGUGUAACUUCUGUGUCGCUCGUCACCCAGAAGGCUCUAUCUACCCUCCGCGAAAUCGCCAUUUUAUGUGUUUGGCACUGUCACAGUACGGUGGUUGCGUGCGUGCGUGCGUGCGUACGUGCGUGCGGUGCGGUGCAGUGCGGUUCGUCGCGUCGCGUUCAAACUUGUCUCGACAAGUUUAGAGGAGAGAGAGAAAGAGAGAGAGUAAGAGAGCGAGAGCGCGCGUCCCAUUCGGCCGGUGGCUGCUCGCUUUCGGGUUUCAGCUCUCAGCAUGUCGCCCGAACACCCCGGUCCGGACGCGUACAAGUAACGGCGGCAGCGGCGGCUCGUACGACGGGGUGUCGGUCGUGGUGCGAGAGGGCCACACGACGGCGGCCUAUCGAAAUGGUGUAGUGUGCGCAAGCGAGGCGAGUCUCUGUGAGUGUGAAAGAAAGAGUGUGUUUUCGUUGUCGUCGCCAUCGUCGCCGCCAUCGCCGUCGUCGUCGCCGUCGUCGUCGUCGUCGUCGUCGUCGUCGCCGACGUCGCCGUCACCGUCACCGCCGUCGUCGUCGUCGUCGUCGUCGCCGUCGCCGCCGUCGUCGUCGUCGUCGUCGUCGUCGUCACCGUCGUCGUCGUCGGGAGUAAAGUGCACCUGAUCACACGGCAAGUACAUCUCCCGCCCUUCUCGCCCAUUCGUGUGUCGUCGCUCUGUCGUCCUCGUCUCGACAAGUGUACCACCGUCGUCGUCGUCGUCGUCGUCGUCGUCGUCGGCGGAGGACGUCGAGACGCCCGACGUCGUCGUCGUCGGGAUCACGGGAGACCAUCGUCUCUGGAUUACUCGUCACGACGCGACGUCUCCCGGCUGCCAGUUACGAUGAAUCCACGCAUACCCUCGGACAAGAUAAAUCUACGCCUCAUCCUCGUUAGUGGCAAGACAAAAGAGUUCCUAUUCAGUCCGAGCGAUUCCGCGGGAGAUAUAGCGCACCAUGUGUUUGAAAAUUGGCCGGAAGACUGGGCAGAGGAGGCGGUCGCCAAGGCGGAGAUCCUGCGGCUAAUCUACCAGGGUCGUUUUCUACACAGCAAUGUCACACUCGGUGCUCUUGGGCUUCCCUUCGGAAAAACCACAGUGAUGCAUCUGGUGCCGCGGGAGAAUCUUCCAGAGCCUAAUUCUCAAGAUCAGAGGCAAAAAAGUAAAGGUGGCGGGAGUAGUUGCUGCUCGGCUUCCUGCUGCAUACUUUAAGAUCGCCGGCAGCGUGCGUCGCCGACGUGUGAAGGUUUUGUCGUGAUGGAUGGGCGUGCAGCAUGGGCGAGCGCGUCCUGUCGCGGGCUCACCCAGGCUGGGCCAUGGUUUCUAAGGUUUCGUGCUGAUGUAUAAUCGUUAGUGGCUGAGCUGGUGAGCAGUGUAGCGGGAAGCCGGAUUACACAGUGUCGCGGGAGUGGUCGCGCUCUCCUGCUCGCGACCUUCGUCCGACGGUCCCGCGAUGCAGAUCCCGCUGCAACGGCAACAACAACGUCGCCUGCAUCUCGUCAUCAUCGUCGUCAUCGUCGACGGGGAAAACGCAUUGUCGCGACAUCGGUUGGGGAUAUUUGGUUCGACUCGGUACGAUGCGGUCAGGCGGUAACAACGCACGAUCCAUGACACGCAGCCGUCGAGGAAAAUCUGCUCGGGACGGAGCUGGACGAGGUGUAGUGUUUCUCUAUCGCGAUCGAAACGAUAGUUCGCUUCACCGAUGGGCAGGCAAACCGACCGACUUGCGCCGAUAGCGAUGGUUAACCAACUUUUCGCUUGCGACCUUGGUUUGCGAAUCAUGUGACGAUCUUGUCGCGGCGUACAGGCGUACAGACGAGAAAGAUUCGAUUAGUCAUUGAUUUCAGUCGGUUACUUCAACCGGAUUUCGAUCCAGCCAGCAGCGGUCUUUCUGUGUCCGUUUUGACUCGUGCUUGUAAUAUUACUUGCAGUAAUGAGAGAGAAAGUGAGAAAGAGAGGAGCGAAUAUGUAAUACGAUCGUUCGUGAGAAUAGUUUAUCGUCUUAACAAAUUUUCGAUUUAUUAAAGAAUUUAACUUAAUUAACGUUGCUAAUUAACUCAUUUUGCGUGGUGCGGUUUCUCUUGUGCAUUACACAGUGUCGAUUAUGAUGCAAAAGUGGAACGACUAUAACUUUAGUUGGGUUCCUCUUUGUUCCUUCUUAAUCUGUAGUUUAAAUCUCGCUAUAAGAAAAGAAAAAAAAAAGAUAAUUUGAUAUUAUAAUUGAAUUUUCUGCAAUUGGCGAUCUCCUUCGCGGAUAAAGAAUGUAGCUGUAAUGUCAAAGGAGCGAGAAGAGGAAUUAAUCUAAUUAAUUGCAAUUUACUCUUAGUUAAAACUAGGUUUCGAUCGCGAGCGAUCGUUUACUCGUCCCGAGAUUAAGAGAAAAUAAAGUCGGAAGAUUUGAUCCACAUUAUCUCAACUUGAUUCUCCAUCUAAAGGCAUAACUGAAUGAUCAAUAAUUUUGAGGAAAGGCGAGACACCAGUUGAUUUUAACUAUGAAAUUUUAGUUAAUCGCAAUUUUAGCGCUACUCGGUGUCGGCGCAAUCGGUCUGAAGGAAACCACGGAAAGGCGAACGAUUACGGCGCGUAAUCGUCGUGCUUCCGCGGAUUCUCGUGAUCUCGUUUCGUUGUUCUCACUCGGUGGCGUGAAGCCGGAGCAGCGACGAUAAGACGAAUGAAAUUUCGGCGAGAAUGUCGGAUACAACAGGAUUGCCCAGGUUCUAAAUGGAAAUGCAUCCUGGAACGGCGCUACAAUGCUUAGAAACUCAACCACUGUCCCAAUACUGCAGCGUUAUAAUAAUUAUUGUAGAUGGGAUCGCGUGUGCGUGCUUGCGUAAGUGCGAAUGUGUUGCAUUAGUUGAGAAAAAGAGGGAGAGAGAGUGCGCGCGAAUGUCUGAGAGAAUAAAAGAGAAAGACAGAGCGAAAGAAUAGAAGAGAGAAAAUAAGAUUUAUGUUAUGAUAUGCAGGUAACGAAUAUAUAUACGUACAUGCAUGCAUACAUAUAUAUCAUAUGUAUACAUGAUGUGUGUGUGUGUGUGUGUGUAUGUGUGUGCGUGCGUGCGUGCGUGUGUGUGUGUGUGUGUGUUUAUACAGAGUGUUCCUAGCCAAUACUGUCUUUCUGCUGACGCAUACGCGUGUGUUAAGUACUUGAAUUAUGAAUGAGAAGAACAUAUAGCGUAAUGAUGAAAAAUUUCUCGAUGAAGACAAGUCGUCGCGAGAGGAGUGUUAUUAAAUACAACAUGACUCGCGAUACGUUCUUAAAUUUUGCUCGCGUCAGCUACUCGCGUAGCGUUUAUCGUUAAACGCGGUUGGCCAGAAACACUCUGCAUAUACAGGAUGUUAAAGGAAGAGCAUGCGACUUCUCGAGAGCGUAUCCUUGGGAAAAUUUGUUUAUUGGAUUCAUAGAAAUCUGCCUCGAUGUUGUCUUAAAUUUUAACAUUACACGUCCCUAAAUUCUUUCGCUACAAUCGCUUUCAAAUCGACUUAACCAGACGAAUAAACACGCAAAAUUAACUGCAUUAUGCUCGAGAAUAAGCCUUUUAUUUUUAGAUUUAAGGACUAUCGUCUUUAGAGAUGUGCUGCUAAAAAACCUAUGAAAAUUAAAGCGAGAAUCCUCGAUCAAUGCAUUUCCACGACGACAUUGGCUCCAAACCGAGAAAGGAAGACAGUUCACUUGAAAUCAAACGAGCGUCACAUUUCGCGUUCUCACAAUCUCUUCUUUUAACAACCUGUACACGCUAUUAUCGAAGUCGCGCGUGCACUUGAAACGUGUGUUCUGUCGCGUUUCAAUGCGCACGCACGACAGUAUAAGACACGUUGACACAGCAGUUAAGCUCUCAUAUGAUAGACUUUAUUAUGAAUUUAAAGAAGUAAUAUUAUGAUGUCACUUUGAGAGUUUAGUAUUCUGAAUAUAAGAUUAUGUAAAAGAGAUAGAGAGAGAGAGAGAGAGAGAGAGAGAGAGAGAGAGAGAGAGAGAGAGAGAGAGAGA